ACCCCCAACGUAAAAGGCUUAAAACAGGUGUGGAUCGUUUUAAGGCAGUACAUUGCCCCAAAGGAUUUAAAUAUUGGAUAAAACCCAAGAGACUCGUUGAAGACCUGAAGCGCUCCCGAACUAACUGUUCCCCUCGUUAUACGAAUCGGCGUCCAAGGAUCUAAGGGCUAUUUGACAUCACCGCUCCCACGUGUUCUGCAUCCAGCGGCGGCGGCACCCGCCGUGACCCCGACCCUCCGCCCCCGGACUCGACUGGCAGCGCAGUCCCCCCAGCCUCGUACUGUUGUCGGAAGCGAGAGCCUGUGCUUAAAUACAGUACUCUUUUGCUGAACCAUUGCAAGGAAGUUGCAGACAUCAUGACCUUUAACUCUAAUUUCUUCAGCAUGAAUCACCUUAAGAACAAUCUGUACAUAGCCAGGAUAAGGUUAUCACACCUAAAAUGAUAAGAAAUAAGGCCUCACUGGAGACAUUCAAGCAAAAGUUGGACAACUACUUUUCCAGAACAGAAAGGAAACUCAUGCAUCAGAAAAGGUUGACAAACGUUUUUUAUUUUUAAAUCAGGUGACUAAUAAAGGUACUGAAAAUAUGGCUGCACAAAUUCCAGAAUCUGAUCAGAUAAAACAGUUUAAAGAAUUUCUUGGAACCUACAAUAAACUUACAGAAACCUGCUUUUUGGACUGUGUUAAAGACUUCACAACAAGAGAAGUAAAACCUGAAGAGACCACCUGUUCAGAACAUUGCUUACAGAAAUAUUUAAAAAUGACGCAAAGAAUAUCCAUGAGAUUUCAGGAAUAUCAUAUUCAGCAGAAUGAAGCCCUGGCAGCCAAAGCAGGACUCCUUGGCCAGCCACGAUAGAGACGUCCAGAGGGGUGGACUUUCCCUGAAAAGUUGCCAAUAGCUUUGCACUGGAAGUGAGGAUUCAUCUGAUAGAAUCCCCUGAAAGCAGUAGUCACCAUGUUAACCAUCUGUCAUGACUGGCAAAUGGAAACCACUGGAGAAACAAAAUUGCUAUUUACCAGGGAUAAUCAAAAUAGAAGGUCUUAUUGUCCAAUCAAAAUGUAAGAUACAACAUUUGUUGAGGCCUUAUGAUUCAGGAGCUUAGUCACUUGAUUAGAAAAAUAAACCAUUAUUUCUUCAA